AUGAUUACGAAUAGUUUAUGUCAACUUAAUGUUGCUUUUUUUCCUUAUGAUAUACAAACGUGUACACUUUUAUUUGGAUCAUGGGCUCAUUCAAAUGAUUCAAUAAAAUAUGCAUUAUACUCAAAAAAUUUAUCAUUAAUUGAUUUUUAUGAUAAUCAAGAAUGGGAAUUAGAUAAAGUUAAUUCACAGAUAUCAGCUGAUGGAUUUUUGUAUGAUUAUCUUGAUCCACCAUUAUUUUGGGAUAUGAUUAUAAUUGAUCUUGUUGUUUCAAGACAAUCAUUUUAUUAUGUUUUUAAUCUUGUUAUUCCAUCAACUAUUAUAACUUUUGUUGCUGUAAUAGGUUUUCAUACACCGUCAACAUCAGGACGUGUUAGGGAUGCCAAAUUUCGUUUAGGAAUUAUGACACUCAUGUCAAUGUCUGUUAUCUUACUUGCUAUAGUUGAAGAUAUGCCAAAAUUUAGUAUGAGUAGUACAAGAAAAGGAAGAGGAAGUUUUAGUGGUAUUCCAUUAAUUGGUCUAUAUUAUUUUAUUCUUUUGGCAAUUAUUGGUUUAAGUACAGUAACAACAAGUAUGUUUGUUUUUUUGGAAAGAGAUGUUAGAAGGAAACAUAUAAUACCAUGGUAUUUGAAUUGGUUAUCAUUUGACAUACCAGCAAGAAAUCAAAUGAAUCAUGGUGUUGUAUAUAGUAAUGAAAUUAAUGGAACUAUUGCUUCUAAACAAGGUAAAGAUUCAUAUUAUACUAAUGGUGAAGGUACUGCUGUUAUAACAUCAUCAUCUGAAAGUAAUUUAAGUGUAGGAAAAAAUAAUAGAAUGAAAGAUUGUGCUUUGUCAAUGGUUAAAUUAGUCUCAAAUAAGAAUGAUAAUCUUUAUCAGGAUACAUCAACAACUUAUUAUAAUGAUAAUAAUAUGAUAACCUCAACAACAAGUGACUCAACAAAAGAUGUUAAUGGACGUUAUAAUAUAUUAAAAGGAAAAAUGAUUGUUAAUCCAAUGAAUAAUGUUUCAAAUUUUCAAGUAGAUAUUUUUCAACAAAAUUUAUCAAAUAUUCUCUCAUCAAUGUUAACAAUUUUAUCAUCUGUUUCUGAGACAUGUUUAAAUAUUAGAAAAGAAAUGUCAAAUAUGAUUCCACAAGAUGAUUAUAGUGGUAAAUGGCAAGUUGUGAUAAGAAGACUUGAAUUAAUAUCAUUGAUGUUUUAUAUUACAUUACUUUUUUCAACAAUGUUUCUUUUCUUCUACCAUGACUGGUAUUGUGCUGUGGGCCAUAAUCCAUGUGGUCAACAAAAUUUAAAAUGUCCCUGGAUGCAUGUUACUCCUAAUGAUCCAAGUUGUUUACCAUGA